CUCCUCCAGUCCUCUUACUUUGACCGGGAUGAUGUUGCCCUGCGUCACUUUGCUGAGUUCUUCAAGGAGCAGUCCCAUGAGGAACGGGAACACGCUGAGAAACUGAUGGCAUUCCAGAAUAAACGUGGAGGCCGAGUCCUCCUACAGGAUGUCAAGAAGCCAGAGCAGGAUGAGUGGGGCAAUGGUCUGGAGGCAAUGCAGAGAGCUCUGCAGAUGGAGAAGGAUGUGAACCAGAGUCUGCUGGAUCUGCACAAACUCUCCUCUGGCCACACGGACCCUCAUCUGUGUGACUUCCUGGAGAGGCACUACUUGGAUGAGCAAGUGAAGAUGAUCAAGAAGCUGGGAGAUCACAUCACCAACCUGAAGAGACUGGGAGCCCCUGAGAAUGGCCUGGGAGAGUACCUGUUUGACAGGCUCACCCUGGGGGAGAGUGACUGAACUGACUGCAGGGAGCAAGUCUUCACUUUUAUUCUCUGAAUGAGAUCUAUAGAAUCUGAAGCUUGCAGAAGUAGCUCACUGUCCUGGGCUUGAUCAUGGAAUGUGCCAACUGUAAAUAAACUGCUUAUUGUUGGA